AUGGUGUCCCGUACUGAUCCUACACGCAAGAGGAGACGCCGAACAGAUCCCGGAGACAGAGUCUGCCCGCAUUGCGGUCGCUUAUUCAAGAGAACCGAGCAUCUAGAUCGGCACGUGCGAACCCAUACCAAGGAGAAGCCAUUUGGGUGUGCGUGUGGAGUCACAUUUGCCCGGCGUGACUUGCUAACCCGUCAUCAACGCAUCUCGCUGCAUCAAAAUGCAUCACCAGAGGAUCCGGAAGGUGACGGCCGGAUACCAGCUACGGCCACUGACUUGGUUGGCUCUGCAUGGCUUGAGGGUCAACUAGACGCCAGGCCUCAAUCUCGCCCAAGAGGAGCAGCGACGCAAACGCAGAGGGACGGCGAUGAUCCGGAUCCUCAAAGUCUAUCGACCUUGCUCUUCCCUCCAUUCUUCAGCCACGACAACGUAGAGUUGGACGUGCAAUUCCAUGAGUUUACUAGCUUCCUUGACGGGGUUGGGUUACCGACAGAAUGGAGUCCUUACUUUCCUAGAGAUUACGAACCUCUAGAUCCCGCCCUCGAAGAAUCCCGCACAGGAACAACAACGUCCGGCAGUCGUCCAGAGACGCCGUUUAGCUCGUGGCUACCCUCUGCACCCACAGGCAGCCGACUUCAGAGCAGUCCUGGCGAGUCCAGAGUCACCGGUGUCGAGUCUCAGCCUUACAGAGUGUCAGACGAGGUUCACGCUCAUCUGCAGGAGUGUUUCGAGAGCUUCCGAGAUGUUGUUGAUCCAGAAUUUGCAUUUCCUUCUCGCCAUGCUCUUACUCGCUAUAUAUCGUCCUUCUUUGAUGGAUUUCAUCCCCAUAUGCCUUUUAUCCACUGCCCUACCUGGCGCAUGUCGGACCAUGCCAUGGAGCUGAUAUUGGGUCUUGCUGCCAUCGGUGCGCAGUACUGCUUUGAGCAUCGAAACUCGGAGAAGAUGUUUUAUGCAGGCAAGGCCAUUCUCAUGGAUAGGCUAUUGCAUAAUAUUGACAGAUUUGGGCCUAAGACUAGAAGCUUACUGAGUCUCCAAGGCAUGUCCAGAAGCAAUAGGCCAAUUCGACGUCACGGCCACACCGAACAAUCAGGAGGCGAGCAUGACAACUGGGAGCCAAUGGAUACGGUGCGUGCUCUCAUCGCACUUAUGGCUUACAGUACAUGGGAGAUGAAGGUCCAUCUGCUUCAAGAAGCCUUUGCCCUCCAGAGUCUCUUAGUUGACGUCUUGCGACACGUUGGACUUGGGGAAGAAAAACAGGUUGAUAACGAGCUCCCAACUGAUCCAGCGGCCCUAAAAGCAGCCUGGCACGCCUGGAUUCGACAGGAGGGAACACGACGCGGCAAACUGGUCGCGUUUUCCUUCCUUCACACGCACAGUAUCGCGUAUAAUGUGUACCCUGUGUUACGAAGUAAUGAAAUAAAUCUCAGGCUACCUUGUUCGACCAAGGAAUGGACUGCCUCAACAGCCUUGCAGUGGCAGCUGGCGAGACAGGAGACGCCCAAGCAACAGCAGUUCUUCCAGGAUGCCUUGUCGCACUUGUUGAGAAAUCGGGACGGUGCCACACCAUUGGAUCCGAUCCCAACACCUCUGGGAAACUAUGUGUUAUUACACGGGUUGUUGCAGCGAAUCUAUAUCGUCCGCGAUCUGUCUCUACCGGUAAUGGAUCGUCUGGCAUCGCUACCCGCUGAGGAGGUUGAUAAGCUUGAGCGUGGCUUGCGAUCUUGGACGACAGGGUGGCAGCAGGCUCCAGAGUCUACUUUAGACCCAAACAAUGAGAGCGGGCCAAUCCCUUUUACAUCAAGCUCGCUUCUCGGCCUGGCCUAUAUACGAAUAUACUUGCACCUGGGACCUCAUCGCCAAUUAGACACACGCGAUCCUGUACAAAUUGCCCAUGCUAUACUAAAGGCUCCCGCAGUGGAGCGUAGUACGGGUGUUAUCUCGGCUUUGCUCUAUUCCACGCACAUGCUAAGCAUACCAGUGCGACUGGGAGUAGAUCGCGUUGCUAAAAGUCAGGCAUUCUUCUGGAGCGUGAGACACUCGCUUGCUGGUCUCGAAUGUGCUGUGCUUCUUAGCAAAUGGUUAUCUUCGUUGGAAGUCUCCAUAUCAUCAACACCAUUGAGUGACAGCGAAGUUAAAAUUCUACAUUGGGUACGGUGUAUUGUUAAUGAGGCUUAUACGGCUAUUGAAUUUGAGGGAGACGCGACAGAUGCCUCUGAGAUUCCAGAUCGCAACCCGGCCGCACUUAGCCUCGCCGUUUUGCGUAUUUGGGCUCACUUUUUUGAAAGUAAUACGCAGUGGCCAUUUAUUAACAUGAUUGGCACAAGCUUGAAGAAGUAUAGAGAACUCCUUCUUUAG